AUGAAGUCAUUCCUGAAAAUUGAUGGAGGCGACUUUUCUAAGGAGGUUGAAGACGAACCAGAGAUAAUAGAGAACAACUUUCUUGCAAGAGGUAAGUUUUACUGUGUUGCUAGCUCUGUUAUCUAGGCGCUAUUUGUUCAAAUGUUGUCGGAUUGCGCUAUCCACUGGAUAAGUCACUAUCCAGUGGAUAGCGCUAGACAAGUGGGGCCCUGGCGUUACACGAUUAUUGAUGGACGCUUCAACUGGAAGUGCAUAGUUCCCAGGCGUUCAAACAGGCUCGCGGAAGCUUGAUCGAGGCCCCCGGAAAACCGAGAGAAAGAGUAGUGACUUCAGUUAGGUUGUCAUAAUCGAACUCAAAUCCUUGAAUAGGCCACUUCCGAGUUAACUUUAGCUUCUUUGUUCAAAGAACGUCGUAGUAAAAUAGUAGUAAAAUAGUAACCCAUUUUCGUACGUUUGCUUACGCACCAGACUACUCUUUAAUUCAAUAAAGGAGCUCAGAGCAACUCGAAAGUGGGCCUAGUGAUGACGCCCUGUACGAUUCUUAAAUAUCUCUAGCUCUCUAGCUAAAAUAGAGUCUCCUUCGCAGCCGCUUUUUUGGGUCGUCACGUAACGCUCCUCCCCACGAGACUAUGGCUAGAGCGUUUUGCAUGACCUAAAGAUAUUCAAAGUCACUUUCUAUUCGAUAUACUAUGAAAAUAAUCAUAAUGAUGACAAAUCACCAUAAAGCUCAAUUUGUUGGAAGUAUCCUAGUUUUAGUAGCCUGGCUUGUGAUUCCAAACCACGUUGUUGAGACAGACACUCUUACUUCAUGAAAGAAUAAAAAGGGACAUGCAAUUUGUAUCAUAUAUAUUAAAAACUUGUCGUUUAUGUUACAGUUUUCAGGGAGUCGUCACAAAUUCGUUCGCUUUUCAUGUGUUCUCAGGCGGAGGAAAGAUUUGGGUUGAGGCGCGGGGGGUUUUAUUGGAACGGACGAAAAAAAAUUGUUUUCGCUUACCUACUUACUUUCUUCCUUACUUAUAUACUUACUUAACUACUUAGUUACUUACUUAAUUACUUUUCUUAGUAUUUAAGCCGAUCUCCUGAUCGAUGUCUGCGCUUCCCUUCCCAUAACUGGCCUUGCGUAUCUUUACUCCAAGAAUCGUUUGAAUAACCUUAACAAGUCAGUAGAGUGGAGUGAAAUCUUGAAAAUGGGUACAUUUAUAUCAAAAAAACAUUAAUCAGAACAAACAUCGAAGUAGCAUCUAAUAGCCACUGAUCAACGCUUUGUAACACAGGGUUUGGUGACAGCAUAGCGUGGGUUACGUUUGAAGAUGGACUUGAACAAAUAAAGAAGAGGUAAAGAAACAUGCUCUUAUCGUCCACACUUUCGUACAUGCAAUCAGUUUUAUUUGUUGUUGUAAUGACGCUUUCUUCGGUCAUAAAUUAUAAAAGUCAUAAACUCGGUGACUGAUUAUUCUUUACUCUUUACUUUUAAUAGCAGCAAUAGGCCAUUUAUACGAUGACGCCUUUUUACUACUAAGACCAGAAUUCAUUUCACUUUAAAUUUGGUAAUUAAUCCCAGUGAGGUUUAAAUAACAAAAGCAAUAAUUUGCACAAGAAAUUAAUAUACUGAAGGAUUGUGGUAGCAGCUGAGUAAAAUGAUGCCGUCGUGCAAAUGGCCUAUUCGAGCGGAUUUUAUAAGUAGCUGUUAGAGAGAAUAAUCCACUAUUUGGCAGAUGACAUCAGAGAUGUGCUAAUUCGCCAGUGAAGAAACGUGAAGGGAACUCAGGCCAUGGAUCACUGGAGCCAACAUGUGUCCCGCAAUUGCUUCUGGGAUCGUUAAUGGAACGCGCCGAUCAGCUAUUGGCCAAUUUUUUUUUCUUUUCCCUAAUAACAGCCCCAGAAGUCUUUGCGAACGUUAACACAACCCAGUUGCUAAGGUGGCGACUUGCUAUAAAAAGAUCAUGACACAUUGGCGAUCUUUUUCUUUCAGUGAUAAAUUGAUGUUACUUCUCAUUCACAAAACAUGGUGCGGCUCGUGCAAAGGUAAAGUUUUAUAAAAAAUGAAAUGAUAAGUUUAAUUGGUACGAACUGAAGGGUUAACUUCUUGCCAUUAUAAAAUGCCUUGCAGCAUUAAAGCCCAAACUUGCCGCCUCAAAGGAGUUUGCGCAAAUGAGUAGACACUUUGUGAUGGUUAACACAGAGGAUGAAGAAGAACCAAAGGGAAGUCAGUUUAUAGUGGACGGAGAGUACAUUCCAAGAGUGUUGUUCCUAAGUAAGUUAAUUAUAAGUUACUGAAAAGGGACGGAUCUAAUUGGUUUGGAGCAAAUGAAACUAUAUUCUUGGGUACCUAUUCCUUAGGAUGCAUAACCAAAUUCAGUUUCCCUUCUUCAAACCGCUGGGCGUAAUUUGAAUAAAUAAAUAAUAACUACGAUUUAGAGAUAGCAUAUCCACCAAGUGGUUCUUCGUCUACCUAAUUCCUAGUCGAACUGGAAUUUGAAAAUCCUGGAUUUUGAGGAGAGGGGAAAACCGGACUGACCCGAAGAAAAGCCUCUCCGAGCAAGGGAGAGAACCAACAAUAAACUUGAUCAACCCACAUAUGGCGUCGACGCCGAGAAUUGAACCCAAAUUGGUGGGAGGUGAGUGCUCUCACCAAUGCGCCACCCUUGCGUUCCCAUUUGCAGAUGAAGAUAAAGGUGCAUUAUUGAAGUGUUUGGAUUAGGGUCCGAGUUACGGAACUAUUAGUUACACCUUAAAGCUUGCAAAUUAAAGCCUCCGACUUAGAGUAAGCUAACUCAUAUCGGUGCUUUUAAGAAUCGUUUCCCAACUGAAUGUUCUGAUCGAUGUCCUCUCUUUAAGAGUAAUAAAAAUAAAGCACAUAAGAGCGACUAUAACUUAGCUGGCAUGGAAUAGCUCAGUGAAUUAUUUAAAAGGCGACUAACACGUAAUACAGAAAACAUGAAGAUAAGGUAAAGCAUUCGACUUUUUCUGUUAGUAUUACUGGCUCUUUCUGAACACCGUCGUUUACAUUCAGUCCCAUACAAACCCUGGGACUUAAAACUGGAAAGAUUCUCACUCACUCACAUCAUGCAAAGGUAGUUGCAACUAAACAUCUCAACUUAAGAUAUUGAAACAUUGCUGGAUAGCCUUUUUGCCCGGUCAAAAUGACUUUUCUUAAAGAAAUGGAAAAUCAGUCAUUAUUUGCCAAGAAUAGUUGUAUUUUUGUCAUCUCUCCUUGUAUAGAUCCUGAAGGAAAAGUUAUUGAUGAGAUUUGGAACGAAGGAACCAAGCAUCCCCACGUUAAAUAUUACUACAGCGGACCGCAAGAAUGUAUGCUAACAAAGCUUAAAUGA